GAUAUAAACUUCUAAAAGUCCCCCCCACUCCCCCUUCCUUUCUGAACAACUACUGUUCGUCCAUCCUGUCCACUUCUUUUGGAUCGUCCGAUUACAGCAGGGUGCACGCCGGCAACUCCGACUCAACUAUAAAACCUCGAUAAAAAAAACACAUAUCAUCAUGUCUGGUCUACAGUGCCUUGGUGAAGAUACCAUCUGGUUUGAGAAGUCCCGCUUAUUCAAGGCUGAAAGAUUUUUGCAGGGAGCCAACGGCCCUCCACACACCACACUGUUCUUCCAGGUACUGACGUCUCCUUCACACACACACCACCAGUCUUCCUCAGCCAGCGGGGACCAGGAGUUGGUGUCUCGUAUGAAGAGUCUGGAGCUGGAGAACCAGGGACUGCACAAAGUGGUGGAGGAUCUGAGAGCAGCCUUGUUCAAGCUGGAGAACAGAGUCCGGGUUCUGGAGAGGAGCCCAGCUGUUCCCUGUGCCAAGGCGGUGACUGUUCAGUCUGUGAAGGUAGAGGAGGAUGAUGAUGAUGAUAUGGACCUCUUUGGGAGUGAUGAGGAGGAUGAAGAGGCAGAGAGGCUGAAGGAGGAGAGAAUCGCUGCUUACGCUGCCAAGAAGUCCAAGAAACCAGCACUCAUCGCCAAGUCCUCUAUCCUGCUCGAUGUCAAACCUUGGGAUGAUGAGACAGACAUGUCUAAGUUGGAGGAGUGUGUGAGGUCUGUUGUAGCUGACGGUCUGCUGUGGGGUCAGUCCAAGCUGGUUCCCGUGGGUUACGGCAUAAAGAAGCUCCAGAUUGGGUGUGUUGUCGAGGACGACAAGGUGGGGACAGACCUGCUAGAGGAAGAGAUCACCAAGUUUGAGGACUAUGUCCAGAGUGUAGACGUGGCUGCCUUCAACAAGAUCUAAGCCUCUCCCCUUUCCUCCCUCCCUCCCUCCCUCCCUCCCUCCCUCCCUCCCUCCCUCCCUCCCUCCCUCCCUCCCU